GCAUUAGAUUUGGCAAGAAUUUUUUAGCUAUGACACUAAAAACACGGGCAACAAAAUAUAUAAAGUGGACUACAACAAAGCCAUCUUUUGUAACAAAAAAAAUUGUAAUCCUACUCCCGCAAAACUAAUUAAAAAAAAUUAAGUACAAAGUUCUCCAAAAUGUACCAUACCCUGGGGAUUACACUGAACUUUGUUCAUUUGUUUUGUUUUAAUUCGGCUUUUUUGGUUGCCUUUCACCUACUUUUUCCCAGAGCCCUCCGUUGGGGCCUUCACUUGGGCAAACAACUAACGUAGUGGAACAGCUUUGACCUAACAAUUUCUUCGUACCGAAGAUGAUCGCUUUUCCAGACAACUUAAUAAACUUUGCUUUAAUGGAUGACUGGAUGCAGAAAAAAAUAAAUAAAAAUAAACCUCAGCUGCUCAGCAACGACUAAAAAAACCACCAGCGGGCAAUCCCUCCCCAUGGCCACUGAGCAAAAUUCCACCACCUCCCCUAUACUCCGCCUACUGCCGAGCUCCCGGGUUCGGACAGCCCCGGGCCACUUCCGGGCCUUCCCGGAAGUCCCUCUCGCUUAGCAACCAAAGUAACCCGCAAUGCGGAAGGGCGAGGGGAUUGCGAGUCACCGAGUUUCCGGCGCGGCUUGAGUCAUGGCCUAGAAAGAGAGAUGUUAGAGUUCCCAGGACCAGGACAGAGGUGGUUGUGAAAUCUCAUGGGCGUCUGGAGAAGAAGGUCAGGCCCCUUGCUGACAGGCCUAUCCGUGGGGCUACUGCUGCUCUUCAGCUGGGUGACCCUUGUCCAGUCAACCUCUCUCUCAGCUGUGGUCCACCACCCUCACUUGUGCCAGACCACCCGGGAUGUCAAUGGCCACCACUACCCUGGUUUCUUUUGCCCUCGUCUCUCUGAUUCUCCAGAGGAAGCCUACUGCUGCCACCUGCAGGCUGCAGGGGGCUCCUGCUGCACCCGGGCUGUAUUUGAGGCCCUGUACCAAGUCAACCUGUCCGCUCUUCCGCCCCCGCCCAUCCUCAGGGGCCCAGGACAACUCCUAGUGCUGGGCCUCUACAGCCUACUGGUUGUGACCCUGAUGACCGCAGACCUUGUGCACUUCUGCUGCGAUCAGGGCCGGGGUCGGGGCUGGAGCCACCGCAGGCCUCCCUCUGGGUCCUCCGCCGUGAACUCCCUGCAGGUCUCCGCGGGGACAGCUUAGGCGCGCCCGGAGCUUGCCUGCACCUGCGAUCCAGAGUCGAGUGCCCCGCCCCUGCCCCUCUCUGACUCCACCUCCGACGCAAGAGUGGGGCGGGGCAGCUCCCGGCAGCGUCCGGAGCCAGACUCGUCCCUCCCCAGAGACUGCGCCUGCGCGGGCACGGGACAACCUCUCCGCGAUGACUGCCAGCUCAGUGGAGCAGCUGCGGAAAGAGGGCAACGAGCUGUUCAAAUGUGGAGACUACGAGGGCGCCCUGGGGGCCUACACUCAGGCCCUGGGUCUGGACGCGACGCCCCAGGACCAGGCCAUUCUGCACCGGAACCGGGCCGCCUGCCACCUCAAGCUGGAAGAUUACGACAAAGCAGAAACAGAGGCAUCCAAAGCCAUUGAAAAGGAUGGUGGGGAUGUCAAAGCACUCUACCGGCGGAGCCAAGCCCUAGAGAAGCUGGGCCGCCUCGACCAGGCUGUCCUUGACCUGCAGAGAUGUGUGAGCUUGGAGCCCAAGAACAAAGUUUUCCAGGAGGCCUUGCGGAACAUCGGGGGCCAGAUUCAGGAGAAGGUGCGAUACAUGUCCUCGACGGAUGCCAAAGUGGAACAGAUGUUUCAAAUACUGUUGGACCCAGAAGAGAAGGGCACUGAGAAAAAGCAAAAGGCUUCUCAGAACCUGGUGGUGCUGGCCAGGGAGGAUGCUGGAGCAGAGAAGAUCUUCCGGAGCAAUGGGGUUCAGCUCUUGCAACGUCUGCUGGACACGGGAGAGACUGACCUCAUGCUGGCAGCUCUGCGUACACUGGUUGGCAUUUGCUCUGAGCAUCAGUCACGGACAGUGGCAACCCUGAGCAUACUGGGAACUCGGCGAGUAGUCUCCAUCCUGGGUGUGGAAAACCAGGCUGUGUCCCUGGCUGCCUGCCACCUACUGCAGGUUAUGUUUGAUGCCCUCAAGGAAGGUGUCAAAAAAGGAUUCCAAGGCAAAGAAGGCGCCAUCAUCGUGGAUCCUGCCCGGGAGCUGAAGGUCCUCAUCAGUAACCUCUUAGAUCUGCUGACAGAGGUGGGGGUCUCUGGCCAAGGCCGAGACAAUGCCCUGACCCUCCUGAUUAAAGCAGUGCCCCGGAAGUCUCUCAAGGACCCCAACAACAGCCUCACCCUCUGGGUCAUUGACCAAGGUCUGAAAAAGAUUUUGGAAGUUGGGGGCUCUCUACAGGACCCUCCUGGGGAGCUUACAGUGACCGCGAACAGCCGCAUGAGUGCCUCCAUUCUCCUCAGCAAGCUCUUUGAUGACCUCAAGUGUGAUGCGGAGAGGGAGAAUUUCCACCGACUCUGUGAAAACUACAUCAAGAGCUGGUUUGAGGGCCAAGGGCUGGCCGGGAAGCUACGGGCCAUCCAGACAGUGUCCUGCCUCCUGCAGGGCCCGUGUGACGCUGGCAACCGGGCCUUGGAGCUGAGCGGUGUCAUGGAGAGUGUGAUUGCUCUGUGUGCCUCUGAGCAGGAGGAGGAGCAGCUGGUGGCCGUGGAAGCUCUGAUCCACGCAGCCGGCAAGGCUAAGCGGGCCUCAUUCAUCACUGCCAAUGGUGUCUCACUGCUGAAGGACCUAUAUAAGCGCAGUGAGAAGGACAGCAUCCGCAUCCGGGCCCUGGUGGGACUCUGUAAGCUUGGUUCGGCUGGAGGGACUGACUUCAGCAUGAAGCAGUUUGCUGAAGGCUCCACUCUCAAACUGGCUAAGCAGUGUCGAAAGUGGCUGUGCAAUGACCAGAUCGAUGCAGGCACUCGGCGCUGGGCAGUGGAGGGCCUGGCUUACCUGACCUUUGAUGCCGACGUGAAGGAAGAGUUUGUGGAGGAUGCAGCUGCUCUGAAGGCUCUGUUCCAGCUCAGCAGGUCUGAGGAGAGGUCAGUGCUCUUUGCGGUGGCCUCGGCGCUGGUGAACUGCACCAACAGCUAUGACUAUGAGGAGCCUGACCCCAAGAUGGUGGAGCUGGCCAAGUAUGCCAAGCAGCACGUGCCUGAGCAGCACCCCAAGGACAAGCCGAGCUUCGUGCGGGCUCGGGUGAAGAAGCUGCUGGCGGCGGGUGUGGUGUCGGCCAUGGCGUGCAUGGUGAAGACGGAGAGCCCUGUGCUGACCAGUUCCUGCAGAGAGCUGCUCUCCAGGGUCUUCCUGGCUUUGGUGGAAGAGGUAGAGGACCGAGGCACUGUGGUUGCCCAGGGAGGCGGCAGGGCACUGAUCCCGCUGGCCCUGGAAGGCACGGACGUGGGGCAGACAAAGGCAGCCCAGGCCCUUGCCAAGCUCACCAUCACCUCCAACCCCGAGAUGACCUUCCCUGGUGAGCGGAUCUAUGAGGUGGUCCGGCCCCUUGUCUCCCUGCUGCACCUCAACUGCUCAGGCCUGCAGAACUUCGAGGCGCUCAUGGCCCUAACAAACCUGGCUGGGAUGAGCGAGAGGCUCCGGCAGAAGAUCCUGAAGGAGAAGGCUGUGCCCAUGAUAGAAGGCUACAUGUUUGAGGAGCAUGAGAUGAUCCGCCGGGCAGCCACAGAGUGCAUGUGUAACUUGGCCAUGAGCAAGGAGGUGCAGGACCUCUUUGAAGCCCAGGGCAAUGACCGGCUGAAGCUGCUGGUGCUGUACAGUGGAGAGGAUGAUGAGCUGCUACAGCGGGCGGCUGCCGGGGGCUUGGCCAUGCUCACCUCCAUGCGGCCCACGCUCUGCAGCCGCAUUCCCCAAGUGACCACACACUGGCUGGAGAUCCUGCAGGCCCUGCUUCUGAGUUCUAACCAGGAGCUGCAGCACCGGGGUGCCGUGGUGGUGCUGAACAUGGUGGAGGCCUCAAGGCAGAUUGCCAGCACCCUGAUGGAGAGUGAGAUGAUGGAGAUCUUGUCAGUGCUAGCUAAGGGUGACCAGAGCCCUGUCACAAGGGCUGCUGCAGCCUGCCUGGACAAAGCAGUGGAAUAUGGGCUUAUCCAACCCAACCAAGAUGGAGAGUGAGGGGGCUGUCCCUGGGCCCAAGGCUCAUGCACAUGCUACCUAUUGUGGCACAGAGAGCAAGGACAGAAGCAGCUUUGGCUGGUGGUGGCUGGCAUGCCCAAUACUCUCGCCCCUCCUCACUUGCUGCCCUAGGAUGUCCUCUGUUCUGAGUCAGCAGCCACGUUCAGUCACACAGCCCUGCUUGGCCAGCACUGCCUGCAGCCUCACUGCGAGGGGCCCUUUCUCUGUACUACUGUAGUCAGCUGGGAAUGGGGAAGGUGCAUCCCAACACAGCCUGUGGAUCCUGAGGCAUCUGGAAGGGCACACACAUCAGCAGCCUCACCAGCUAUGAGCGUGGCCUGAGCCUGCUAUCAGGCCUGCCCCUCCAAUAAAAGUGUGUAGAACUCCA